AGGCUCGUGGUCGUUGGGAUGAUACCGCUGUGGGCGACCAUCGGGGCGGUCUGGCGGUUCGGGCGGAAGCGCUACCAGCUGGCGAGGCACGGGCGUUCGGUCGCGGGACAGGUGCGCGCCGCGCUGCUGUCCGUCGAGUAUGACGACUUGAUCGAGGCGGACACGAUGGCGAUACCGGCCGUGGCGGCGGCGGUGCGAAAGCUGCGUCGGCUGAUGAUCGCCGCGGCGACGUUCGCGGGCUUGCUCGUCAUCCCGUGGCUCCCUGGCUUGUUCGAGCUCAAGGAGUUCUGGCCGUACGCCCGAGCGCGGACAGACGCGACGAGCCCGGAGCGGCUGCAGCCGCUCUUCUCCUCUUCCCUUCGCACGGCGGUCUCCAACCUGCGGCGCACGCGGCGCUACCAGAUCCUGUUCGUCGUGUGGGCGUGUAUGCCGAUGUGGCAACUGCCCAGUGAGGUGAUCGCGUGUGCAAGAGGGAGGAAGGGAGCGAGCGGGGGCCAUCUGCUCACCCACGCGCACCGGGCCUUGCACUCUGAAUGCCGGCUUUGCCUUUGGACGUGGAGAUUUCGGAGAUGGUUGGGCGUGGAGAUUUUGGAGAUGGUUGUUACCUUACCUUGCCGCACCUUUAGGUGAGUGCGCCCAUGCUCUCGUGCGAGGCCGCGCUCCUGUACAACGUCCUCGCGGCGCUGGGCCGCUACGGCGAGGGCAGGUUCGGGAACGGGUUUCUGUACGACGGCUCUGAUCCGCCCGUGCUGCAGUACAACG